CACAGACCCGGAAAUGCUAGUGUGCGUCACACGUGUCGGUUUGUAAACAAAACUGUGUAGCAUUUGGCAGGAGAUUGAAAGCUGGUGGAGGAUAUACAACAUGGAUGCAGAGCUAGCGGGUCGUGUACAGGAGGGGGACAUCGUAAUAUUGGACGUAGGGGACGGGACGUCGGCAGUCGUACAUUUACACGGUGCCACUGCGUUGUCAUGGAAAUGUAGUGGUCAGGAAAUAUUGUUCCUCAGCAAGAAAGCCGUACUGGAUAGCUCGAAGGCCAUACGUGGAGGGAUACCGCUUGUUUUCCCCCAGUUUGGACCUUGGAGCUGCGGUCCUCAGCACGGAUUCGCCAGGAACAAGCGAUGGAGUGUGGAAUCUCAGCCACAAAAGACAGGGGACGGGACAGUGACCUGUUCCUUGGCACUCUCGGAUGACGAGGACACUAGGAAGGCCUGGGACUAUCGGUUUAAAUUGGUAUAUACAUUGGAGUUGUCCAAAUCCUCCCUAACUACCAGGCUAACCGUUGACAAUACAGGAGAUGAAAGCUUUACCUUUACCACCCUUAUGCAUUCCUACUUCCUCACACCGGAUAUCGGUACCACCACGGUCCAUGGGUUGAAGGGGCUCACAUACGUAGACAAGGUACAAAAUGGCCAGUUCCAGGAAGAUAGAGAGGCUGUUUCAAUACCCGAGAAUUAUGACAGGGUUUACCAGAAGUGUCCAAGCUCAGUAUUCAUGGAAUGUAGUACACACUCCGUGUCGGUGAACCUCUCGAACUUCCCGGAUGUUGUCGUUUGGAAUCCUUGGAGUGAGAAGGCCAAAGCUAUGUCCGACUUCGGGGAUGAGGAGUACAAGACCAUGGUGUGUGUGGAGGCUGGAAGUGUUAGCUCCCCAGUACAAAUAGAUGUCGGUCAAAAACUGUCCUUCCAGCAGACGCUCCAAGUUCAGGCGAAGCUGUAGAAUAUACAUUGUUCUUAGAAAUCUGGACAAAGUUUUAAAAUGCCUUCAUUCCUGGUCGUAAAACAUUACGUGAACGCUGAUCAGAUUUGACCAACGGCUACCAACUCUCGGUUAUUAUGACGCUCUUUAAGGUUGACAUUACCUGUUUGGGGAAAUAUACUGUUUUGUUCUUUGUUCUCAUGGCAUAGAGUGUCUGUUGAAUCAGAAACACUCCCAAAUUCACGAAAAGUCCCUUCUCUUGACCUUCUACUUAGCUUAAGGGAGUCCAUUAUUUUUAAUGUACAUGUAAUUAUCACCGACAAAUUCAUUCACCUAUAAAUGAGGCACUUUUCUUUACACCGUAGCUACGUACAUAACUACUUGUAGAGUACAAUACUACUAACAUGUUAAUUUGAAUGGCACUUUGAAUAUUUUAUUUAUUUAUGCGGGAUUAUUAUUUACUGACAUAGUUUAAUGUACCCUCUUGGGUGAUAGUAUUUCGUAGUUUAUUUUUCUAAUAAAAAUGAAGAAAUAUC